AUGGCCCGCACCGCGACCGUCGCCGCCCCCCGCGCCCCCCGGCUGCUCCGGGCCACGCUGCUGCUCCUGCUCCUGGUCGCCGCCUGCCGGCACGCUGCAGGGGCGCCCGUGGCCAGGGAACUGCGCUGCCAGUGCUUGCAGACCAAGCAGGGAGUUCAUCUCAAGAACGUCCAGAGCGUGGAGGUGACGUCCUCAGGACCCCACUGCCCCCAGAUCGAAGUCAUAGCCACUCUCAAGAAUGGACAUCAAGUUUGUCUCAACCCAGCAGCGCCCCAGGUUAAGAAAAUCGUGGACAAGCUGCUAAACAAGAACAUUGUUCACCUUAGUCCCUCAUUGGAUUUAGACCUGAAAAGUGGAACCCCUGGUUUGGGACAACAUGGGCCUGGAGAGUAA